ACCUCGCAUGUUCAGACAAGCUCGCUCGCUCUUUACUCGCCGCCCAAUGCCUCAGUACAACGGUCCUACGCUCCCUACCGCCCAGGCGGCUCAGCUCGCCUCGUCGUCGAGCGAGGAGACCGCCUACUUCGCCAACGGCUGCUUCUGGGGGACCGAGCACAUGUACCGCAAGACGUUCAAGGACAAGCUCAACGACGUCAAGGUCGGCUACACCGGUGGCGAGGCAGAGAACCCCAACUACCGCCAGGUCUGCUCGGGCUCGACUAACCACGCCGAGGCCAUCAAGGUCCUGUUUGACCCGGCCAAGAUCUCGUACGCCGAGCUGGCCGAGUUCCACUUCCGUAUGCACGACCCGACCCAGGUGAACCGCCAGGGCCCCGACACGGGCACGCAGUACCGCUCGGCCAUCUUCACGACCACGGACGCCCAGGUCGAGAUCGCCAAGAAGGUGCGCGACGAGGUGCAGAAGGCGCACUACCCGGCCCAGAAGAUCGCGACGACGAUCGAGCCGGUUGCCAAGUGGUGGGACGCAGAGGACUACCACCAGGAGUACCUCGACAACAACCCCGGCGGCUACGAGUGCCCUUCUCACCUGCUCCACUGGUAGACACGCCGCAUCAACGCGUUCAUGUUGUACCGAGUCUGCAAGCGCAAAGUAUUUCUCUCUUUCU